AGAAGCGCGAAAUGCUUUGCGGAGUGUCCUUUGGAAGACACAAGUCUGAGCCAAGAGGGACUUGGAGAAUGCCUCUCCCUCACACUCUCAACUACCUGAGCUAGGGGUAACAAUCCUUCCACCCUUGUUGUUCCACCCGGACCCAAGUCUUCCUUUUAUCAUCACAGCUACUGCCUCCAUAAGUGCCUUUCCCCAACUCAAUUUUCAUCACCACUUGUUAUCUUCCCUCGCAGUACUUGCAGGGAACGAGUUUUCCUUCUGCCCCAACUUCCCACCGGGAGUCAAAUCACAUUCUUUACAUACAUUACAAUCAUUCAUAUAUCUAACUUUGCCCUGCCGCUUGAAAACAUUCCUUCUUCAAAUUAUAACAUCAAGAUAUACAUCAGUUGAAUCAAUCAAGCUGCUUUCACGUUAAAUAUCGCUAGAUAGACUUUCUUGAAAGUAAGAACUGUACGCUUAGGAAUAAUCAGUUUCAUCUGAGGAUUCAGGGCCCGAAUUUUUUUCAAGAUAGGAUUGUAUCGAUCAUUCAACACCACCAUGAAAGUCGCAUGUUCACUUGCAGUCGGCGUCUCAAUGAUCCUCUUCACCCGCUUCGAUUCUUGCGACGCUGGGCCGCUGAUACCAAGAGGACUGCCGGGAUUGGAAAUUGCAGGUCGUACUGCACAAUUGGGAACUCGUAUCACCCUUGGGAAAUUUUCGUUCGAAAGUUUCUGGAAAGCUUUGGAAAUCGAGAGGGAAGAAGAAAUGGAGGAAAUGGACCUGUACGGCCAUCAAUUCACCCGGCCAUCACCUGAUUCUUCCAAUCCAUCACCUACACCUUCAAAUUGAUUGGCCGGACGAAGUAUGGGCUGCCUCUAGUCGUCCCCUAAAAACUGAACUUUAUAUUUUGUUUAC